AUCGCGCGCCAGUACCGUUGGGCGCUCGUUGGGGACGGACGUACGCUCCCGCUCCGCCGACACCAAACCCUCCUCACGAAACAAGUUUCUCACUUCUGUUUCCAAAAACUACUAUCAAAAUACGAAACACAACCAUGGACUACGGCAAACCAGUGAAAAAAACUCUCUUCCAAACAAAUUCGACCAGUUAAAAAACUAUUCUUGUGCUGUUUGUGAUUACUUUUAUCUACAUCGAUAGAACGCGAAGGUGUAAUAAGAACGCGAGUGCGAUUGUUUGUUGUUUUGAAACAAAAGGUACAUUCCGUUGGAAGUUUGAAUUUUCUGUUUUUUGUUUUUUAUCUGAGGACGCAUACGAAUAGCGCGUUGAAAAGAGACAAGAUGCGGUCUCACCGGGCAAGAGCGACAGGUGUGGCGGCUUUGGCGGUUCUGUUGGCAGCUAUAACAGGAUGCUCAGCGCAGACCCUCAGGAUAUUCCCAAUGCAGACACACCAGACCGUGGCAGUGGGCAAGUCUGUGGUGCUGACCUGCCAGGCCGACGCGCCUGAUCCCUCGCUCGUGACGCAGCCUCAGUGGAAGGACCCUAAAGGACUCGUCAUCAACGAUGCCACAUCUGGCACGCGACCAGAGAUCUACACUGAACUGCUACCGACGAAGCAGUCCCAGCUGCUGUAUAUUUCCUCCAUUACCCAAGCCAUGGCUGGGAACUAUACUUGUGAAGCGGCGUACACUAAUAUUCCCAUGAGCGCUAGCGUCGUUUUGGAAACGUUUGUUGCCAUUACAUGGACAAACGCCAACGAAAACCAAUACGCGACGAAAGGAAAGGACUUCAAAGUUAUGUGCGAAGUGACUGCCAAACCCGCGCCAUCAGUAGAUUGGUUCAAGGAAGGAAAUUCUAUUACAACUGGCGAAAGGUAUGUCAUUCACGCAAAUGGAUUGAUGAUCAAGAACGUUCAGGAGAGUGACGAUGGCACGUACACUUGUCGGGCAGUCGUAAUUCCCACUGGAGAGUUGGCUGAAAGAAACAUUAAAUUGGAGGUCUAUACUGCUCCAGAAAUGGAAGAACGUGAAACUAGGGUAGAAAUAAAAGAAGGAGAGUCAGCUGCUAUUACUUGCAAAGCCAAAGGCAAGCCCCCACCAACUUACACAUGGAUCAAGGCUGCUACGCGCGAGAAUUUGGCUACCACCUCGAGAUUCAGCGUUAAUGAGAUCACUGGUUUGCUUACAUUUGACCGAGUUGAAGCUGGAGAUUACGGCAAAUACAUUUGCAAUGCUGUCAAUCAAGCAGGCCAGAAUGAGACUGAGAUCGAAGUGGAAGUUCUAGUCAAACCAAAGAUAUUCGAACUCUUUAAUAUCACAGCACCUGAGAGGGGUGAAGGCAGAUUGGAAUGCAGGGCUACUGGAAGGCCUGCACCGCGUAUGAGUUUCAGGAAACUGAGCAAUGCUGAACCGUUUACAAAUGGACCUAAUGACAACAAUAGGAUCACCGUUGAGACCACUGAUCGCCAAACUGGAGACCAGAUGCAAUCCAGUGCUGUUAUUACUAUUUCCAACCUUAACAGAACAGACGAUGGCUUAUACGAAUGUAUUGCUGAAAACGAUGGUGGUGAAGCAAGAAAGAAUGGCCAUUUGACUGUUCAAUUCAAACCUUCCUUCGAAAGCAUGCCUAAGGUGCCAAUCUGGAGUUGGAAUGGUCAACCUGUGAAUAUUACUUGCAUUGCUGAGAGUAUUCCUAACGCCACAAUUAAAUGGAGGUUCCAAGAAUACGAUCUGGUUGAGUCUCCUCAAGUGAAAAUAUUUGGUUCUGGUCCCAUCAGCUACGUCACAGUUAUUCCUACCGAUCGUCAACUGUAUGGAAACUAUAAAUGUAUCGCUACCAACAGUCUUGGUGAAGCUGAGCACAUCACUCAGUUGAGGGAGGCUUUCCCUCCAGGUCCUGUCGUGCAGGCACGACAAGAAACGAUCACAGCAACAUCUGUAUCCUUCGGCAUUGUAGGCCCCGCUGAGGACAUGGGUCCCCCAAUUCUGGCUUUCACCACCCAGUACAAAGAGAACAACAAUUUCGACUGGAAUCUGGCCAUGAACAGAACUUGGUCCGUCAACUCUCCGUACAUUGUGGAGAACCUCCAGCCAAUGUUCACUUACGACUUUAGGUUCGCUGCCGUCAACCAGGUCGGAGUCGGCUCUUGGGGUGCCCCGAUUACUGUCAUCAUGCCGAGGAGGUCGGCCCCAGAACAGCCGAAGUGGAGAGAAGCGAUAAGCUCCGAAUCGCUUCUACAUGGCAAAUACGCAGACAGAUUUGAGCUAAAAUGGAAAAUUCCCGCUCACAACGGGGAACCCAUUGACCUGUAUGAAAUAACUUAUUGCCCGGUUAUCAAAGUAGUCGGCGAAUGGAAGGUCGCGUCAGACGAUCAAUGCCAUAAGGAAGAGCUGAAAUCAUUCGAGAUGAUCAGCUACGAACUGCGCGGCCUCCAGCCCGACACUAAAUACCGAAUGGAGCUGCGGGCUCACAACAUCCUGGGCUACUCCAUCCCUGCCCAACUGUACGUGCAGACUGCCCUCGGUGUGAAAAGCUCUGGAUUUGCUCCGCCUCAACUCCUGUCCAGUGGCGCCAUCAUCGGAGUGGCUUUGGCCGGUGUUUUCAUCUGCCUAGUCAUUGUAGAUCUUAUCCUCUUCUGCUUCAAGCGCCAGGGAGUCAUUGCCACUAUCUGUGGCAAACGUGCCAAGAAGCACGAAGACGACGAAGCCAAAUUGGGAAGUCUGUACGGUUGGCGCUUCCCGCUCCCUUAUUGCAGCACGAAGCCGCGAGCGCCUCCGUCCCCCGCGCCCCUGCCGCCACCCGUCAAGCUCGUGCCGACCCCGACAGAUGAGAAGGAGCCACUAAAGGACACAUCAGACGAUGCCAUAAAAAGGAACUCGUCAGUUGAAUUCGACGGACGACGCGUGUACGCCACGAGUGGGGGACCAAUCAUAGGCAAGAACUCGGCCGUAUAAACUAAUCAUAGAGAUGAGGCCACUCUUUUGUUGAACCGUGUGUCCACUAGCAAGGAACAUUUAGUUUUGCGAAUAGGGAAUAUUAAUUCCAAAAUUCUCUAGCCUAGGCACUUCGUGAUGGAAUGGAUAUUUGGAAUCUCGUGACAUCAAUUGACAUGAUCAAACAGCACGCAACAUCUCAUGGUAGUUAGUAAAGACGCGUGUCAUAUGACGUCAUGGUCUGCUAAUUCCAUCCAAAGUUUUACAGAUUAGAAAUUAUCGUUUAUAUUUUAAUGUUCCUUAUUAAUUUUCAAAAUACCUACAACCUUGCUUAUCGUAGCAUAAAUGGGACACUUCUGAGAACAGCAAUCAGAAAUAUAUUCUCAUCGGUAUUUUUUCUGAAUAAAUGAACACACAUUUCUUGCACAGUGGAUCCACGGCUUUGGAACCUCGAAAACGUAUGAUGUAUUAUGUAUAAUCGGAUGUAACUGAAGUCUUACGAGUAUAAAAGCUUGUGUAUUUGUGAUGAGCGCGACCAGCCAGUAUUCGAAACUGCCAAAAGAGAAUUUACACUUUAUUCACGUCUACACACAUAAUCAAUAUUUCUAUCUUCUAGACCUACUUUAUUUAAGUUGAUAAUUUUAUCACCUGUUAUAUUUGUAUUAUUCUCUGGAACAAGGAUCUAUGAGCUAAAAAAUUUCAUAGAAAUUAAAAAUAUAGCGUUCACUUUCUUUCGAUGAUAUUUUUAGAGUUCUUCCAAAAUGCAGGUGAUAAAAUUGACAAUCUAUAUGAACUGCUGCUGCAGUUUUUAUAUGUAUUUAUCAUUAUCGUAUCCAUAUCUAUCCGUUUAGUUUCUACGCAAACGCUGCUUCUGAGGUACAGGAUGUGCCUUCUAGUGUAUUUACUUCUUAAUGAGGGUAUAGUAUAGGCUAGUGUAUAUAAACUAUGUAAAAUAAAGCUACGCUCACGUCACAAGUUGCUAAGUUAUUAACAUCACUUUAUAAAUAUCACAUUAUUGAUCACCCAUUUCACUUUGUUGAUGAUCACCGUUGAUUUUAAUCAUAUGCUCUAUGUUUUCUUCCAUGACCUCUAUCACAGUUACUUUUAUGUUAUUUGUAUCGAUACCUCGAUCGUAUAGUUCCUUAGAUUAUUUACUAUCUCUGUGAUGAUUUUAACUUAGUUUAUUUCCCUUUCCACCUAAAUUUCCUCAAGUACCUACGUCAUCAGUAGGUACAUUACUAUGUAUUGAAAUUCUAUUAGGCUGCAUUAGUCCCGAUAUUUACUUGGAAUGCAUAAUUUAUCGUUUAGUGUUUAGCAUUUCAAUUGCCUAAAAUGCAUAGUUGUUUGGUUUGACGUAACUCACGUUUUAGAUAUAAGGCUUGUAUAUAACACAUUUGUAAAUACCAUACUUUAUGUUCCCUUAAGUUUUUAGUAUCAUGCAUUAGGAUAGUUAUUUUUAGAAAAUCGAAGCAUUUCUCAUAAUUUAAGGAAGAUUCGUUAAAGUCAUUUAACAUUAUUAUACACUAUUGAUAGUUUUAUAUUUUAUUACGAAGAUAAGUUGCCGGUUACGAAGAAAAUGUUUGCUUAUACUAAGCUACCCAUAGGUUAAGUGUACUAUUUAAUUUUAUAUUUAAAUGUUCUCGUAGUAUUGUGUCCUUGAUAUUUCCCAUAUGAAUAAAUAUAAUUAUUAUAUAACAAUUUUAUACCGUUAUAUAAAACUUUAGAUACUUGCAUAUUCAUAUUUAUUGCAACACACGUUUAUAUUUUUGUAUACGUCGCUUGUAUUUCAUAUGUACAAAUGAUAUUUACACAAUAACUACACUUUAUGAAUUUGAUACUACUUAAGUACGAAUCGAAGUGCCACCAUUUACUAGGGCUUAAAGUCAUACUUAGUUAUGUACUUAAAUGACAUACUUAAUCACAAAAUAAAUAGAUCCUAGUCUCACACUUCCAAGAUAGCUUCAAAGUUUUACGCUUUUUUAAUUCAAUAAAAAUAAUAAAGCGAAAAAUUUUAAAAUUGAUUCUCACACUAAAUUACUGGACUAUCAAAACACCACUACACACUUGUUAACAAAUACCCCAGAAAGGCUGUGUUAUUUGCUUGACAUUACAUUGAAUAUCGUCUGCCGUUGUGUGACAUAAAAUAAGAUGGCAUUUCUUAAAAUCUGGCUAAAAAGUACGAACUGCUAUCUGUAUCUUUUUAAUCUUGGAAUAUUCACUAAAACGUAUCGCAACAUGUAUUGACUUGAACAAUUUAUUAAAGACAUCAUAAAAAAACUGUUCUGUUAAUUAGUGAAAACAACUAAAGCCGAACACAGCCUAAAACAAAAUUGUAUUAUUUUGAUUUAUGAUUUUAUCGUUAGUUACGAUUUGACCUCACGUUUUGGGACCCUUUAAUUUGUCUCAAAUGUGAAUACCCAUUUUUGGAAAAUUGUUUAAUGCGGAAAAUGUUAAGCAUUUAUGUGAAAGCUUGAAUGUUAUUAAUAUAGGAUGUAUGUUAAGGAAUUUUCUAUCAGCUUACGAAGGG